CCACCUCUUAUGCAAAUAAGGAGGCUUACCCGGAUCUACUACUGCAGAUAUUUGCCAGGCCCCGCCCUGCACUUUUGUCGUCUUAUAACAGGAUUUCUCACUGGCGCGAAAAAACGCAGUGCUCGGCUUCUCUUCCACGGAACAACUGUCUGCUUCUUAUUUGCUAUCUUUACAAGAAGUAGCUCUGGGGGAACGACACGCAACAACUCAAUGACCUGCAUUUCGCCUUUCGGAUAAAAAGGAUUUCACGUGGAAUAAUUAACCCCAAAGAGGACUUUUGUUAUCAUUCGGAACAAUGGAGUUGGACUGUUACCAGCACUAUUUCUUCGAUGACUUUGACACAGACGAGGAUUUCUACAAGUCGACUGCACCGAGCGAGGGCAUUUGGAAAAAGUUCGAGCUCCUGCCCACCCCUCCCAUGUCGCCCACCCGGACUCUUCAGGGCGGGGAUGGGUGGAUGUCGCCGGGAGACAAACUAAGUUGGCUAUCCAAAGUCCUGGGUCAGGACGACGACUACGAAGGCGAGGAACUGUUCGGCAACCUCAGCUCCAUCAUCAUUCAGGACUGCAUGUGGAGUAGUUUCCCUUCCAGCAAGCAGCUGGAUAAGGACAGCGGCAGGCAGGCGCCACCGCCUCAGCGACCCGCAGCUCCCCCGGCUCCACAAGUCCACACGAGGCCGAGCAAAGCACAGUGCGUCUCGGCCGGCACUCACAUUACCACGUCGGCGGCAGACUGCGUCGACCCCGCGGCUGUUCUCACCUAUCCGACAAGCAGCUGCAGGAAGCCGGCGUCGUCUGGCACGGAGUCUCGGACCGACUCCUCUGAUGACGAAGAAGAAAUAGACGUUGUCACUGUGGAGAGCAAACACAACCAGGCCAGACUAGCAAGUGUCCGUAAACCAGUGACCAUCACAGUCCGUGCAGACCCUUGCCCGAAACGCUUCCAUGCAUCCGUACACCGGCAGCAGCACAACUAUGCGGCACGCUCCCCGGACAGUGGGCCAGAACCUGAUGAGGAUGAUGAUGACGAUGAUGACGAUGAAGACGACGAGGAGGGGCUCCAAAGCAAACGUAUGUGUCGGACAUCCAGUCAGCCCACCUCUCCGUCAGGAAGCCCCUUGAACUCUGACACGGAGGACACGGACCGCAGGAGAAACCACAACUACCUGGAGAGGAAGAGGAGGAAUGAUUUGAGGUACAGAUUCCUUGCUCUACGGGACCAGAUCCCGGGUCUAGAGUCAGCCAAGACCCCUAAGGUAGCCAUCCUGACCCAGGCCACAGAGUACCUCACAGAGCUGCAAGCCAGAGAGAAGCGACAGCUGCAGGAGCGCAAACGCCUCAAAGCUCGCCAACAGCAUCUCCUUCGCAGGUUAUCUGCACUGAAGCGGUCUUGAAACUUCCAAAGAGACCUUUAAAGCCAUUUUGAUAUGACAACAGGCCUGAUAUAAGCCGCUUGGAAUACUCUCAUUUAACAGUGGACUGCAGCGGACUUGAACCUGUCAUUGAUUGAUAGGAGGGUGUUUGGACCUUAUGAGCGUGCGUGGUUCAUAUCCUGUUUUUUUUUGCACAGUUUCAAAAAGCGAGGGUAACACAGCAUAUGUUUGUAGCUACGACAGAUAUAUUGUCUAGUAUGAUUUUUUUUGGAGCGGAGAGUGUGGAAGUGGGCCGAGAUGACUUCAUUCCAUCAUUGCACAUUCAUAUCGGAGUGAAGCGUAAACAAGCCUUUGCUGUGUACGCAUGAUGAGAGUGUGAGAGCUGUGGGUUUUUGUUUUUUUUUGUUUGGGUAUUUUUUGUGCCGCUGUUCAUAUUUCUUUGUAAAUAAUAGCUUAUUUCUCCUGGUGGGGGAGCAAAACAAAAAAAAAUCAAGGGUCAUCACAAAGCUUUGCUGUUUUGUAUGAUUUGCCACCAGGCAUUGAGGAGCGUCUAUUUUGUUAAGAAAACGUGGAAAAAAGCAAAAAAGUUUGAUAAGUAGCACUGCUGUACUUUACACUCACAUGUCACUUUGCCACCUCAAUGCAUCUCCUGAUUUUGUUUGAUUCUAAAGCAUGCUCAACAUUAAAUUUUUAUACCCUAUUUGCAAACAACCAGCAUUUUGUCUUUUCUCACAUUUUUGUCAAUAUAAGUCUCCCACAUGUAGAUGUAAAGAAGCUGCUGUAAGACAGCUCAUAGAAAGGCAAAUAGCACCAACCGGUUGGUUUCCCGCCUCUAAGUCACUGGCGGUGUGUGCUUGUGUAAAAAAAGAGCGUUACGUUGGCCAGCUGCUGGCCUGCACAAGGUUAGACUGAGCUUGUCCUUGAGACUUGCCCUUCACGAGCCUACGCAUGAUACUGCUGAGGAUCCUCCUCUCUGCAGUGGCUGCUGCAUGCUGGGCACUUCAUGUUCUCUCACCUAAGUGGUUACAUACGCACACAUACAUAUUGCACUUUCUGUAUCUUUAGAACAGUCCCGUGGGUGUGGCGAUGAUGUGGAUCAACUUUUAUUCCUCACAGUAAUACACGGAGCACACACGUCUCCUAAAGUGGCUUGUUAAAAUAUAUACUAGAAUUUUAUAUUAUUGAACCGGAUGUCUUUUUUUUUUUCGCCUUUUAUUAGAUGGUUUGUUACGAGGUGACCUGUUGGUGGCUUUGCAUGCUUGUCGCUGUUUAAUGAGCCAACUUAUGGUUAUUUGAAGCGGAACAGCUGUGUUGGAGCGCAGAUGCUUUCAUGAAACUUCACAACAUAACAGAUAUCCUGCCUUUAUUAUACCUGGAUGUGGAAUCGAUCAAAUCCACUGGUGUUUAAA